UAGAGACAUUUCGCCCUCUAAAAUUUUCUAACAUGUCGAAUAUCUCUCCCAUGUUCGUUCCUUUCCAGUUCUUUACAUCGUGCUACAAACACGUGGCGGAAGUUGUAUUUUACAAUUUUCAAGUGAAUUACUGACCCAAACACAAUGCCAUUGGCAAAAGACUUUCUUCAUCCCAGCCCAGCUGAAGAGAAAAGGAAACACAAACUAAAGCGUCUAGUACAGAAGCCGAACAGUUACUUCAUGGAUGUAAAAUGCCCAGGAUGUUAUGCAAUUAAGACCAUCUUCUCGCAUGCCCAGAGGCCCGUCGAGUGCGACGGUUGCCGCACAAUUCUUUGCACUCCAACAGGAGGCAAAGCUCGUCUCACCGAAGGAUGCUCGUUCAGGAGGAAGGUCCAGUGUUAAAUAAAAUGUCAACACACUUUUCAUUAAAACAAUAAAAGAAAAAUUCAAGAAAUACCCAAAAAA